GGGAGGAGACUUUGACAAUGAAUGUGCUGAGGACACAUGUUUACAAUGAUGGGGAGAGGGGAAGAAUGGAGCUGCACAGGAUCACUGAACACUAUGGUGCCUCUCUUAAACAGACUGACAAUCAAGGAACCUAACAAAAGUCACUGCCGAGGGACACCAGAGUGGUGCAGUGUCAUGUGAGACACAUGCGAAACAAACAAACAUUCAAUGAGUUAUCACAAAAGCUGAUACAAUUUGUUUUUGACUUCGCUGUUCUGUACUUAGUACAAUACACUCUCCCUGUUCCCUUUGAACCUAAACAAGGGGGGGGGGCAAGUCAUCACAAGGACUAACAGAACAAACCGUGAAGAUAAUUUCUCAGGGAUGACCAGUACACAACUGCUGGGAACUUCAUCCAAAGAGUCUGUAUUUGGUGCCGAGCCUUCCCACAGGAUGGCAUCCACUGUGUCCGCAGUCCCCCGAGGUGUAUUUGGCCCCUCGCCUCCCCCUCCAGCAGUCUGGCCUCCUCUGGACUUCGCCCUGGGCGCUGUUGCCUGCUGCGCAGCCUGCGUGUUCACCAACCCUCUGGAGGUGGUGAAGACUCGUCUGCAGCUUCAGGGAGAGCUGCGUGCACGGGGAUCCUACCAGAGACACUACCGGGGAGUCCUGCAGGCCCUCUGGGUGGUGGGCCGCACAGACGGGCUCCGGGGCCUGCAGAAGGGGCUCUCAGUUGGGCUGAUUUAUCAGGGUGUGAUGAACGGUGUGAGGCUGGGCUCCUACUCCUAUUGUGAAGCUCUGGGUAUCACCUCAUUCCACGGAGGGAGUCUGCUGUCAGGGGCAGGGGCCGGGGCGCUGGGUGCCUUCAUUGCCUCUCCUGCCUACCUGGUCAAGACCCAUCUGCAAGCUCAAACCGUGGAAGCCAUCGCAGUGGGUCACCAGCAUAAUCAUCUGGGAGUGUCUGAUGCCUUUGUUACCAUUUAUAGAAGAGAAGGUGUAAUUGGCCUUUGGAGGGGUGUGAACGGGGCAGUGCCUCGAGUCAUGGUGGGAUCAGCUGCUCAGCUGGCAACCUUCACCUCGGCCAAGGACUGGGUGUCACAUUCCCAGUGGUUUAGACCAAACAGCUGGCUCACGGCUUUGAUAGCUGCGAUGAUCAGUGGAGUCGCCGUGGCUAUCACUAUGACACCAUUUGACGUCAUUAGUACGAGGCUCUACAACCAGCCGGUGGAUGAGUUUCGUAGGGGACGUCUGUACCAUGGAUUUUCAGACUGUAUGCUCAAGGUGUGCCAAGCUGAGGGACUGUUGGGGUUGUACAAAGGCAUGGGCCCUGUCUUCCUGCGCUUGGCCCCACACACAGUGCUCAGCAUGCUGUUCUGGGAUCUGAUGAGGCAUCAGGCAGUGAAAGACAACCAGAGACAGGGAAGGAGCUAAAACCUCCUAAAUGUGCCUGCUUAUAAUGACAGUUGUGGCUAUCGAAGUGGUCCAUCAACUAAUGAAACACUGAAUUUAAAGAAAAAGUUUGACAUUAUACUUAUCGGUUUUCUUUCUGAGAGUUAGAUGAAAAGGUUGAUGCCGCUCUCAUGUCUGUACGGUGGUCAUGAGCCAGGCCAGGUGUGUCCCUGUGUUUCCAGUCUUUGCGCUGUAGUUUCAUAAUUACGCUACAGACAUGAAUGCUGUAUGGAUCUCUUCUAAUUCUCUGUCAGAAGGCAAGUAGGCACAUUUCCCUAAAUGUCAAAUUAUUGCCUUAAAUGAGACUCAUUCUGUCUCAGGAGGCAAGAAAAGCGGAUGGACAUUCAUAUACUUGACAGAAGAUGGACACAUGCUGCACAGACUUUGACAGACAUUUUGAGGAAUUCCUGUUUAAAUCCUAAAAUGUAUGAUGUUAUUGAUGAACUUUCAGGUUUUACCUCAAAUUACCUCAAAGGAUAAAUCUACAAGCGAUCUCUCAGGAUGGCGCUGAAAUGAGACGAGUGACUCCCAUAUGGGUUUCAAGCAAAUCAGUGGAAGUGCAGAUUACUUGAAAAACAAGUCUUGAUUAUUAAAACAUAAUCUCUGUAUUCCAUGUUAAUAAUCCAGUGAGGCUGCUCUAACCCUGUCACAGUUUAAUGCAUAACUCUUGUUGCCUUGUCUGUUAUAUGUUAAAAAAAAAACAAAAAACAAAAGACAUCUGAUGGGAAUGUUUUUAUGUACUGACAUCAACUACUGGUACCUAAAGCCAAGCAUGCUGUUUGAUUUGAGGUUUUUAUUUGCAGAGAUUUAACCUAUGGGUAUCAAGCCUUUUAACAGCAAUAAUAAUAAUAAUGAUAAUAAAGACUUUUUUAUGAAAUGUA